UAAUGUCAGACUAGUGACACAACGUGAAAGCUGAAAGUCAAGCCAAAGCAAGCUGUGAUAUACAUUGUAAAAACCCAUGAAAUGCGUUUUAUUUUCGGGUCUGCAGGCUGUAGCAGCACGUUGUGCUUUUAGAGCUUAAUUUAUGUCGUAAAUACGAGCCCGCGUCGCCAUGUUUCAGGUUGUAGUUAAAGCGUUUUCUGUAUCACUAGCCGCCCCAGGUCCUCGGAGAAUAUUACUGAGUGCUCGACAUUAUUGUGAGAAGACACCAACAAAAGUCAGAGUGUCUGAAGCACUUUCGAGGACAGAGUUGGGGACAAAUGUUAAAGUGCAGGGAUGGGUUCGCUCCGUCAGACCUCAGAAGACUAACGUCUUCCUCCACGUGAAUGAUGGGAGCUCCUUGCAGUCGUUGCAAGUUGUCGCCAGUCCAGAGCUGGAUGAUCCGUUGCUCACGUUUGGCAGCGCUGUCGAAGUCACGGGCGUUCUUAAAAAAAGUCCACACCAGCGGCAGCCAGUUGAACUGGAAGCAAAGCAGAUCCGCGUAGUGGGAGAAUGUAACCCUGUGGAUUUUCCUUUUAAAAUCAAAGAGAGACACAGCCUUGAGUACAUUCGCCAGUUUCCUCAUUUCAGGUGCAGAACAAAUGCCUUUAGCUCCCUGUUGAGGAUACGAAGUGAGGCCACUGCAGCGAUUCAUUCAUAUUUCAAGGACAACGGCUUUGUGCAGAUUCACACUCCGAUCAUCACCUCGAAUGACUGUGAAGGAGCAGGGGAGCUCUUUCAGGUUGAACCAUCAGGCUCACAUAUAGACAAUGAGAACUUUUUCUCUGUACCGGCCUUCCUGACUGUGUCCGGGCAGCUUCAUUUGGAAGUGAUGUCUGGGGCUUUUUCUCGAGUUUACACAUUUGGGACAACUUUUCGUGCAGAGAACUCCCAAACCAGACGGCACCUGGCUGAGUUUUACAUGGUGGAGGCAGAGGUCUCCUUCGCGCAGUCCAUAGAGGAUCUCACCAAGGUCAUGGAGGACAUGUUCAGGUCUGCCACUGAGCAUGUCUUCGCUCACUGUGUGGAGGAUGUGGAUUUGUUUCACAAGCAUGUGACUCCUGGACACAGGGACACUGUAGACGCCAUGCUGAAGAACCGUUUCCCGACAAUCACCUACAGUGAGGCUAUAGACAUCCUAAAACGCAGCUCCGAGACAUUUGUCUUUCCAGCAGAUUGGGGUUGCGACCUUAAGACAGAACAUGAGAAGUACCUGGUGAAACAUUGCGGCAACAUUCCGGUCUUUGUCACUGAUUAUCCUUAUGAUCUGAAGCCGUUUUAUGCAAGAGACAACCAGGACCAUCCUCAGCAUACAGCAGCUGCAGUGGACCUGCUCGUGCCAGGAGUUGGAGAGCUCUGCGGGGGCUCGCUAAGGGAGGAAAGGCUGGAUCUGCUGCGGGCUCGGCUGGAAGAGGUUGGAUUGGCAGACACGUACAGCUGGUAUCUUGAUUUGAGGCGCUUCGGCUCCGUACCUCACGGUGGCUUCGGACUGGGAUUUGAGCGAUAUUUGCAAUGCAUUCUUGGUGUUGAGAGCAUAAAAGAUGUGAUUCCUUUCCCAAGAUUUUCCCGCUCUUGUGUUCUAUAAAACACACUCUGAGGCCAUUCGAGUUGUUUGUGAAGUCGUCCUUUUUCCUGUCUGACACGAAUCAAAUAAAUAAAUAAUAUUCAG